AUGGAAAGAUCUGACAUCACGACCUAUGGUCCUGACCAUGCUGAGGACUCUGCCGUUGAUGCGACAAAAUGGAUGCUUUGGUCCGAGGACGAGUUUUUGUCGAACUGCGGUCUGUCGCCGUCUGAUCCAGAGGACCAAGAGACUUACGAAGAAAUGAAGCAAAUUGCACGGACCGGCAUUGUGCUGUUGGGAGUCGGCCGUGGCCACACUUUCCAGGAAUGUAUCGAGAAAUAUCCGCAAGACGUGUACAAACAGCAACGACUCAUAUGCCGCUAUCACAAAGAGAAAGCCAAGGAGGUGUUUGGGAGGACGUGGACCAACUUGGAGGUGCCGGAAGAAGAAUGGUACAACUGGGGAUGGAGGGCUACAGUCAUGUUUGUCCUGAAGCAUGAAGGAUCCUGGGAUAAACGUAAGUUUGCGACAGCUUUCCUCGAACCAUACUGA